GCGUGUGUGUGAGCACCGCAGAGCAGACGCACAGAGAGGCCGCUUGUCAGGUCUGGACGCCCGGCGGCUGCGGCUCGCGCUCGGGGCGGGGAUGGAACCGGGAUCCGCCGGUGGGACCUUCAUGUCCCUGAGCGACACCGAGCAGAGAUGUUACUCCGGGCUGUACGCGCUCUGUCAGCCCGACAGCAGCGGCAUACCGGCGGCGGGGAAAGUGGCGGAGCUGUUCCGGGCGUCGCAGCUGCCGGCCGAGACUCUGCACCAGGUGAUGGAGGUCUGCGGUGCGAAGCGGCUUGGCUUCUUUGGCUGUGGUCAGUUUUACGCGGCUCUGAAGCUGUUGGCCGCGGCUCAGGCUGGUCUGCCGGUGCGUCUGGAGAGCAUUGCAGGCGAACUUCCUCUUCCUGUGUUUGUUGGAAUAACAAAUGAGCUCGACAUGCGUUACGCCAAUCACCUCUCGACCAAUGAGAGCCAGCCUCACAUCCUGGGCUCUGUCCCAGCCUCCGCCCCUCGCCCCCCCACAGACAGAGCUGUGCUCAGGCAUCCAGACACCAGCAUGGACAAACCGGAGGUGUGGUCUCCACCAAGGUCUCCACCUAGCAUCUCUCCGCCCCGCUCACCAUCAGCCUAUCGCAGCUUUACAUACAGUGCACAGAGAAACGGAACAGACACGCUAUUGGCGUAUGAUGGUAAAAUGGCGGGUCGUCCCAGUGUUCCUCAGGAAAAUGCUUCUCCGGGCCAUUAUUCUCUCAAACUGCAGCCGGAGCAGCCUUCCAUCACACGUGUUCCGUCAGUGGAGCGACUGGUGGAGCGAGUGGAGGUGGAUUACUCGGACGACCCCUGGAGGAUCACAGAGGAACAGCGGGAAUAUUACACUAACCAGUUCAGGAGUCUCCAGCCCGACCUCAAUGCUCUUAUCAUGGGAGCUGUUGCAAAAAACUUCUUCACCAAGUCCAAGCUUCCGAUUCCAGAGCUGUCUCAUAUAUGGGAGCUGAGCGACGUUGACAAAGACGGCGCUCUCACUUUCCUAGAGUUCUGCACUGCCUUCCAUCUGAUCGUGGCACGGAAAAAUGGCUACCUUCUUCCUGAAACUCUUCCCGCUUCGCUGAGACCAGGCUUUAAGGAACCGGUGGUUACAGAAGCACCAUCUGAGGCCACUCAACCUCUCAUCGUCUUUGAUGAUAAUAUGAUGCCUGGAGCAAAUCAUCCGGAAAUGGGCUCAGUUGACCUGCAGGUGACCUCUAGACCUGGUGUGACCACUAAACAGGACACCAGAGAUGAAAGCAGGAAGCCGGAGAUCAGCCCAAAGAGAGUUCCAGAGCCGCAGGAAAAGCCAAUGCAGAGAGUCAGCGCUUUAAAACCAGAUUCUCCUCAAGAGCUUGAUGCAAAUAUGAAGUCGAGAACACGACCCAGGUCGUAUUCCAGCACGUCCAUUGAUGAUGCGAUGAAGAAGGUUGAAGAGCCGCCGACUCCUCCUCCGCGACCCCAAAAAAGUCACUCUCGCGCCUCCUCACUUGACCUCAACAAGCUCCUCCAGCAGAGCACAACAGGUGCUAAAAGUGGCUGGUUGCCUCCUCCUCCAGCUCUCCCUCCACGACCACCAGCAACACAGAUCUUCAGCUUCCUCCCAGGCUCUGAGAAAAGUUCCCAGAAGGCCGUUCAGCAGCCAAACUUUGCAGAUUUCAGCAGGUUUAGGGAGGAGCAGGAGAGCGGCGUGAGAGCAGGUCUGAGCACAGAGGAUCUGCUGCCUCCCAAAUCAGAUUGUUCAUUGCUACACCAAGGUCACGCCCCUCAGAAGCCAAUGCGGAGAAAACUCCACCCAGAGAGUCAGAGUGCCACGCCUCCAUUGACCACACCCUACUCUGUUGCCACUCUCACCAAACCUACACAGAGGCCUCCACCCAAACAGAAGAGGGAGAUCCAGAUGGCUAUCAGGAAGAACCGAGAAACCAACGCAGUCCUGACGCGCCUUAACAGUGAACUACAGCAACAGCUAAAGGUUGUUCACGGCGAGCGGCUCACUCUGGAGACCCAGCUGGAGUCCAUGCGGCCUGUGGCGUCAACCUGACCAACAAACACACCCAUACACACAACACACACACACACACUUGUAUAUAUGGUUUAAGAGGACUCUUCUUAAGAGUAAUGUAUUUGUACUGUAAAAACUGCUUAUAUCCAAAUUCGAUUUUGGCCUCCAACGAUUAUAAAAAAAUAUGAAUGCAAAGUAAAAGGACUAUUAUGCAUCAUAUCUCGCCCCCUUUCCAGCCAAAUUUGUUCUUCUCAAACUCUUUUUCCCAUUGAAAUCAGUGAUUCAUUUAUUGAUGUGUAUUCAAUUGAUUCAUGUUUUUAAAAGCAUGAAAGAGAACCGAGAACCGUGUAUGCUGAGCCUCUGAUGAGCAGAACACACACACACACCAUGUAGUCAUCUUGAGCGUGAGCGUUUUAAUGGUCAAAUACAUGCGUCAAUGUGUCAAUGCGGUGCUUAGUGAUUACUCACAUUGACCCUUAUUUGUUAUGAAGAAAUACCAGUGCAAUGCACUCCCUACCAAAUGCAAAGGUUUAAAAUGUAAUUAAUACAUAUUAAAUCUCAUUAACAUUAUUAAAAGGUCAUGUUAGUUGACUUAUAUUUGUUAGUUUGCACUUUGAAGUCAUAGAUCUAACAUUAAUUUUCGUUUGCUAGCUUGUUUGCUAGUUUUUAUUUUACAAGAUCUGUGGUAAAUUAUCUGCUGCCACUUUGAGUACGGCAAUAAAUGUUAUGUAAAAUGGUAUUCAAACUCACAUUAUUAGCAUUUAACACUGAAUAAAGCACACAAUCAGC